UUUUGUUUAUUUUGUGUGUUUAAGUGACUUUUUGUGACUUGUUUUUGUUUCUGUGUAUUGUCCUUGUGUGCGUUUUUGAUUGUGAACGUUUUCCGUUUAGUUAAGUAAGUCUUUAACCCAAUAUGGACCGCAACAAACCUCCCGACCCUGAUCCGCCUGACAUCUCUUUUGCUCCGCCAUCCCCCAAUUACCCACUUUCCCAAUUCGCAGAUGUUGCUUGCAGCAUCGCGGAGUCCCAAAUCCCUUCCCAUUCCGAAUCCCAAUCCUCAUCUAACCAGAACGGUAGGAAACGUUCUGGAGAAGAUAACAAUGCGUACAAACCGGCUAAGCAGCAGAGAAAUCAAAUAGGUCGCAGUAGAUACUCUGCCACUGAUAAAGCUCCAUUCAUUGUCCAUGUCUCACGCUUGGAGUCCCAGCCUAAUGCAGCAAUUCCCACAUUUAACAUAACCCGUAUGGGUGUUGUUACUGGUGUUCCUACCGACCUCACCGAAGAAGAAGCGAUGAACUACCUCACUGUGCCCUCUGGAUGUGGACGAAUACUCAAGUGCCGUCCUACUAACUCAACAAGUCCUACAAGAAGAGAAAGCAAUUUCUUUUUUUUUUUCUUAAGUUUUAUUUCUUUCUUACAUUUUAUAAUAAUACAUACCUACUUGCUUCUCAUAUCACUUGUCAGUGGCAGAAUCGUCGACACCAACAUCGACGGCAUUGAUUGCCAGAAACAAAAAAUAGAAUAGAAUAGUUU